CAAGUGCCAGGGGUUUCAACGUCGUCUUCAAAGCUUGUCUUUGGCAAUAGCUGGUCUUGAGGAAGGAAGAAAACGAGAAUCAGCGUAUAAAAUGGGAAUGACGAGAGGCCAUUCUGUCGCUGCCAUUUCUAUUGGUAUUCUGCAGUUGUUGUUUUCCGUUGCUUUGAUCAUUCCCUCUUUCGUUCUUUCGAGCUAUGGCCACGGCGUCAACACAUCCUCAACGCCAUAUUGGUGUGGGUUCCCGUUCUUUCUCUGUGGAAUUUUUGGCAUUUGUGGAGGUGUUACCAAGAACCAUUGUUGUAUGAUUACAUUUUUGGUCUUCAGCAUUAUUGUCACAGUCAUUUCUGCAUCAGCAUCGCUUAUUGUCACUUUAGCUCUGUCCUACUGGGAUGUUGCAGUUGAUCUUUCUGACUGUACCACUGUUGGAGACUCUUGCGUUUGUCCAGGUGACCAAAUUUAUGAAGGUAUGUUAGACUCUACUAUUUAA